UGAUAACUGCCGGGUUGUGAACCGAUGAUGAUGUAGAACUGUAGCUGAAAGUAAUCUUUCGACCGUUGGUAGUUGGGAUUACUGUAAGAGAAGAAAUCGAGAAGAGAAGGACGCAGCUACAAAAGUGAAGCUAUGCGACCAGUAUCCGCGUUAUGAGGAAUCAAUAGAUAUUACAGAAGCGUGAAUGUAAGAAGCUGCCUUGUAACUUCGAAUAUAUAUUGUGACAAUUUUAUGUGUCACGUUAAGAAUGCGUUUGUUUGCCAUAUUGCUGUGGAAUCUGACUGUUGGAAUCCUUUGCUUCAGCAAAACAGGAUUAACAGCGGAUCCCGUGUGCAACUGUGAAGCUAAUCAGUUCGCUUGUACUCCUAACUCUCAUACAAAUUGCAGCUGUAUCCCUUCCAGGUGGCGCUGUGAUUCAGACAACGAUUGUGAUAAUGGGAGCGACGAACUCGGAUGUGGUGAGUUGAAGGGACCACAGACGGAAGUCACGUGCCCCUCAGGCCAGUUCCGGUGUACGAACGCGCGUUGUAUACUUCUGUCCUACCAAUGUGAUGGAGACAAUGACUGUGGCGACUGGUCGGAUGAAGAGAAUUGUCGCGACCGUGGUAAAUGCCCCCCAGGAGAAUACAGAUGUAGCGAUGGGAUGUGUAUCAACCUUGAAUGGAAAUGUGAUGGUGAAAAUGAUUGUGAUGAUGGUUCGGAUGAAAUAAAUUGUCCUGCAGUAAAAUGUAACGAAACACAGUUUCGAUGUACAUCAGGUCGUUGUAUUCCAAAGUCUUCUAUUUGUGAUGGUAGGAAUGACUGUCCUGAUAACAGUGAUGAAAAGGAUUGUGUUUCAGUUGAAGAGUCCUGUGGUUUAGGACAGUUUCAGUGCUUGGAUGGAACAUGCAUUGGACAACAGUUUGUGUGUAAUAGUGAAGUUGACUGUCCGGAUGGCUCUGAUGAGUCUACUAAUGGAACUUGUACUAGUGGUACUCCAUGUAAAGAAGAUGGAUUUCCAUGCCAGCACUUAUGUGUAUCAACUCCAACUGGACAUCGAUGUGCAUGCAAGGAUGGCUAUGAACUUGGUUUGGAUGGUCGGUCAUGCCUUGAUAUAGAUGAAUGUAAGUGGGAUGGUUCUUGUAGUCAGGAAUGCCAGAAUACAGUUCCUGGUUAUCAGUGUUUCUGUAAAGAAGGUUAUACUCUUCUUCAGAACAACCGUGGAUGUAAAGCAUCAGGUCUGGACCCAUUCAUUUUGUUUGCUAAUCGGGUAGAUAUUCGACGAACUACAAUGGAUGGGUCCCUGUACACGUCCGUUUUGAGCAACCUUGAAAAUGCUAUUGCUGUGAAUUACCACUAUGAAAAAAGGAAAAUGUUUUGGACUGACAUCAAAGCUGAUGUCAUUCGCUCUGCUUCUUUUAAUGGUACUAAAGUACAUGAUGUGAUUUUUGUUGGACUCUCAAGUCCAGGUGGACUAGCUGUGGAUUGGAUAGGGAAUAAAAUAUUCUGGACUGAUGUUGGACCAUCCAGGAUUGAAGUGGCUAACCUGGAUGGUUCCAUGCGGCGAGUUUUAUUCUGGAAAAAAUUGGAAAAACCUAGGGCCAUAAUUGUUAAUCCAGAUGAGAGCACCCUCUACUGGACAGACUGGGGAAGUGAACCUAGAAUUGAAAGAGCAUUCACUGAUGGAAGUGGUCGUCAAGCCAUUGUCACAACUGCCCUUUUUUGGCCUAAUGGUCUUGCAAUUGACUAUCCUAUAAAGCGUCUUUUUUGGACUGAUGCUAAACAUCGAGUGAUUGAGAGUGCUAAUCUGGAUGGAUCAGAUCGUAAACAGAUUGUUAAGCAGGGUUUGCAACAUCCUUAUGCCAUCAGUGUGUUUGAAGACUAUAUUUAUUGGACAGACUGGCGUACCAAAAGUAUUCAUAAAGCCAAUAAGUUUACUGGACAGAAGAAGACCACUGUCUUGUCCAACUUGAACUUUCCCAUGGAGCUUACAGUUGUCCACCCACUUAGACAACCAAAUGCAACUAAUCCUUGUGGUGAGAACAAUGGUAGAUGUAGCCAUCUCUGCCUUGGUAACAAUAAAAGCUACAGUUGUGCUUGUCCAACUGGAAUAUCCUUGAAGAAAAAUGGUCAGACAUGUAAAAAAGAAAUUGAUUCGUUUCUCCUAUUUACAAGAAGGAAUGAUAUUCGAUGGCUUUGCUUGGAGUGUUAUGAUCAGUUAGAUGUACCAAUUCCACUGCAGAACAUAAGCAGUGCAGUUGCUUUAGACUGGGACAGUGACACAAACACCAUAUACUGGACAGACGUAACCAGUGACACAAUUAAUAAAGCUAACUGGAAUGGCAGUGAUCAAAAGGUGGUCAUUGAUAGUAACCUUGAGAGACCAGCUGGUCUUGCUGUGGACUGGGUUAGUCAAAACCUGUACUGGACAGACUCUGGUACUGACCGUAUUGAAGUGUCUAACCUAGAUGGAACCAUGAGGACAAUUUUGGUAUGGGAAGGUCUAGACAGGCCUCGAGAUAUCAUUGUGGAUCCCAUAGGAGGUUACAUGUACUGGACUGACUGGGGGAUUAACCCAAAGAUUGAGAGAGCUGGAAUGGAUGGUUCUCAACGAGUAAUUAUAGUGGAACACAAUCUAACCUGGCCAAAUGGUUUAGCUAUUGAUUAUGAAAAAGAAAAACUGUACUGGGCAGAUGCUGGUAUGAAAACUAUUGAACUGAGUGGACUCGAUGGCCGAAAUCGUAAGGUAUUGAUUGCUAGUGAUUUGCCACAUCCUUUUGGUCUUGCUUUAUUUGAAGAUCUGGUGUACUGGACUGAUUGGGAAAAAUUUAGCAUACAGAGUGCCAAUAAAAAAACUGGUAAAGAUAGAGCUAUUGUCUUAGCUGGAUUGGAAAACCUGAUGGAUAUCCAUGUAUUCCAUCGAAAACGUCAACCUGUACCACACCCAUGUCGAUCACACAAUGGUGGCUGUAGUCAUCUUUGUCUUCUUGCUCCAUUGCCUGAUGGUUAUACAUGUGCAUGUCCAACUGGUAUUGUUUUACAGGAUGAUAAAAGAACAUGUGCCACAGAUAUGCAGAAUUUCUUGAUUAUUGCUCGCAGAACAGACAUUCGGAAAAUCUCCUUAGAUGUUCCAUAUUUAGCUGAUGUUGUGCUUCCAGUUAAUGGGCUAAAAAAUGUUGUGUCUUUAGAUGUGGAUAAAAAAGAUGGUAAAAUAUAUUGGUCUGAUACAUCACUGGACAAGAUUCAAAGAUCUGAUCUAAAUGGAAAAGGCAAAGAAGAUAUUUUCACUGUUGGUCUGGAGAUGGUGGAUGGGCUUGCUGUAGACUCCAUUGGACACAAAAUUUAUUGGUCGGAUAAUAAACGAAAUCAUAUUGAAGUAGCAGACCUUGACGGAUAUUAUCGGAAAGUUUUAAUAUGGGAAAAUCUCGAUAGUCCAAGGGGUCUUGUGCUACAUUAUGACAAAGGAUUUAUGUACUGGACAGACUGGGGUAACAAACCAAGAAUAGAGAGAGCUGACAUGGAUGGAGAAAGCAGAGUAACGAUUGUCAGUGAAAAUCUUGGAUGGCCCAAUGGACUGACAAUAGACCGUCCCAAAGAACAGUUGUUAUGGGCAGAUGCUAAAACAGCGUUGAUUGAGGCAGUUGACCUGAAUGGUGGAAAUCGUCAUAUUCUGGUAAGAGAUGUACCACAUCCUUAUGGUUUGACCAUAGCUGGAAGCUCCAUCUACUGGACUGACUGGGAAACACGUGCUAUUCAUAGAGCAAACAGGGAUACUGGACAGAAUGUGGAAUUUGUUCGUAAAAAUCUGGCAGGAUUAAUGGAUAUUCAUGCAGUCCAGGUUGACAGCACUGGCAUUAGCAAAUGCGGAGUUGACAAUGGAGGGUGCAGCCACUUGUGUCUACGCAAUUCACAUGGCUAUUCGUGUGCAUGCCCUACAGGUCUCAGCUUACUAAAGGAUAAACUUAGCUGUGAACAGAGUCCAUCAGCCUAUCUGCUUUUCCCCAAUCGAGUAAGCAUUCGUCGCAUAUCAUUGGACACACCUGAUUUUACAGACGUCUUCUUACCAAUCACAGAUGUGUAUAAUACAGUAGCCCUUGAUUUUGAUUUGAAAGAAGGAAAGAUUUACUUCAGUGAUGUGGGAAUAGAUGUUCUAAGGCGUGCCAACCUAAAUGGAAGUAAUGUUGAAACAAUAAUUAGUGAUGACCUAGUUACUGCGGAUGGUCUGACUGUUGAUUGGGUAGCUAAGAACCUGUACUGGACUGAUACUGGAAGAAACGUCAUUGAAGUGUCAAGGACAGAUGGCACUUCAAGAAAAGUGUUGAUUAAUUUGGAUCUUGGAGAACCUCGUGCUAUUGCAGUAUUUCCUAGUGAAGGUUUCCUGUUCUGGUCAGACUGGGGUAAACUGCCUAAGAUAGAACGCUCAUUUUUAGAUGGCAGUGGCCGUAGGAUAAUAGUAGCAACCCACCUUGGCUGGCCUAAUGGCCUUACAAUAGACUAUGGUGCUAAGCAGCUGUACUGGGCUGAUGCUCAGUUGGACAGAAUUGAAACGUCCAGUCUCAAUGGAAAAAACCGUGUUGUUUUGGUCCAGGAUAUUCCUCAUCCUUUUGGUCUGACACAAUUCAGUUCUUACAUCUACUGGACAGACUGGCAAAGCCAAACUAUUGAACGUGUAGAUAAACUGACAGGACAACAUCGGACUGUGGUGAAAGGGAACAUUGAAUACAUGAUGGAAGUGAAAGCUGUGGCAAAGGAAAGACAAAUGGGAACCAAUCCAUGUGCAGUUCAGAAUGGUGGUUGUAGCCAUCUGUGUUUGUACCAGUCGAAAAACCAGUACAUCUGUGACUGUCCAAGUUAUCCUGAUCCCCGUCCAUGUUCCACGGUUCCAGGAGAGGUGAUAUCCAAAACGUUUACAGAAGACUAUGAUGACGAAUUUGGAGGAAUAGACACAGCAACAGCUAAUACCACUAUUAACUGUUCAGAAAAUGACAGCAAUGAAGAAUGUCAACAGGGGAAUUUUCUUUUGAGUGAUUCUGCACUUCAAUCUGCUUAUAUAGCUUUCAGUGUGGUGUUAUUAGCUCUUAUUGGGCUGCUAGUUAUUGCUCUAGCUUUGUGGAGGAGGAAAAGAAGAGUCCAGGAGGUAGAUCCAACCUUGACCUUCUCAAAUCCAACUUACAGCACUUCUUCUACAGAAGUGGAAGCAGAUAAAAAGUGGGGUUGGGGUAAACAACUACGAUACGAUAACAAUGAGGAAAGGUUAUUUGGCUUGACUUCAGAUGAGAAAUUUAACAACUUGGAAGUAGCAGCUUUGGUAAGUAAAAAGUUGGGUGGCUUAGAUGUGGAUUCUUUAGCUCCACCUCCUCCACCACCUCCUCAACGAAUUGAUAGUCAUAAAGAUUUUCCUUAUUCAAAAGGGAGUCCAUCCUUUUCCUCUCGAAGCCCUUCUCCCAUAAAGUCUCCACUGUCCUCCAAAAUGGGGUCUCCAUGUCGAACUACAUCACAGAGGUCAAUAAGUGAUCAUCCUGCAGUGUGCUACCACCCAGUUGAAACUGAUAUAUAAUUCUAAGUAAAAAGAGUGGUAGAAAACUGCCUUUUUUAUUUUAUACACAUGUACUUGAGUUAUGAGAAAAACAAACUUGUGUUGUUGGUAGUUUUGUUACACUUUGCUCUAUCAAGUACUAUACUGGCUUCUAGAUAUUAAGUGGAAAAAAAUCUUAAGUUUGAUUAUGCUAGUUACAUAAAUUUAAUGUUAAAAAUAUAAACUCUAUUCAGUUACAUAAAUCUGGUGAAAUGAAUACAAAUGAAUUUGUUUUAAUGAAUAACUUAUCAAAAAUAAAUGAAAUGUGACUAAAUACCUCUAUAAAAUAAUUAAUUUAUUUGUAUUGUUUACAGUCUUGUUGUUGACAAGUGUUCUGUUGUGUUUUAAGUUAAACAGGUUUUAUUUUACUACAUCUAUUUGUAGAAGGAAAAAAUUUUUGUUUCUUUGACUCUCUUUGAAUUUUUGUGUUACUUGGGUCAUAUUUUGUGUAGCAGUUAAAUUUAACAAUUUUUUGGUGUGGUUUAUUAUUGUUUAAAGUAAAUUAUAUUUCCCAAGAGUUCCAAAAGUUUAAGUUUAUGGUUUGUAGAUAAUGACUAAGACUUUUGAACCAUCAUGUGUUUGAAACAUUAAAGAAAAAUUAGAUGGCAACAAAUAACAGAUAAUAAAAUUAAUUUAUGAUUGUAUCAUAAAAUAUGGAAAUUAAUUUAAUGCAUAACCAAUUUUUAAUAAAUUGCAUGAUAUCAUGAUUUAAGUAAUGUUUCACCAAAAUAAAAUUGACUGUAGUCAUAUAUGCUUUUUGUAUUUUAGCAUAAAAUGUUUUAAAAUAAUUUCCAAAGUAGAUUUAGUUGAACUGAUGUAAUAUCUGCCUAAUUCUGUCAUAUAUCUUUAAAGCACAUGAAUGUUUCAUUUGUUGUGUGCUUGUCUUUGAAGUUGUUCUUUGUGUGCUGUAUUUGUAUUUAAUCCAAGUGCUACUCAUAUUUAAUUGGUAUAACUUAGAAUAUAAUCUGUUACUUCAAUGGUUUCAUCAUCAGAAUCUUGAAUAUUUCUGACUCAAACGUCCAUAAGAAUUAACAGUAAGUUCAACCCACCAUUUAUCUUUAUUGAAUUCUUCUUUACAAAUUUAGGGUAGAAUUCUCUUGUUGCAAAAACUGUUACAUUUUUGAAAUUGUUUCAAUCAAAAUUGCUCUUCAAGCUAUUUGCUCAAAUUUUUGGAACAUUUAAACAAUAAUUAUGUAGUAGCUGUUGAUGUUUUAGAUCAGUUAUUUAUGUUAUUUAUUGUGCAGGUAUGAUGUAUUUUUUGAUUAAAUUCUUUACUUAAUUUCUAAUGAAAUUCAAAGAAUCUUUACCUGUAGUUUGUUUUUACUAAAUUAAUUUUUGAAAGAAUAUUUUUUCAUGGAAGUAAUGGAUGAAAAGUGUAUAUGUAGUGAAGUUAUUACAUUAUGUUUCCACCUGUUUUUAUAAAGACUCUUUUUCUCAUGAAGUUAUUACAUUAUGUUUCCACCCGUUUUUAUAAAGACUCUUUUUCAUGAAGUUUUAGAAGUAAGAAUGUGAAUUGAAUUCAUCAACAAAACUUGUAGAAUUAUGUUGGUGCUUCAUUUAUUUCCUGAUCACAGCUAUCAAGUGAACAACAACAACAAAAAACAUGUACUACUCUU